AUGCCGCGGUAUAGUACCACAGAUGAGAUUUUGGGACUCCGUAUACCGGCUUUCAGGACUCGCCUUAUGAUGAAAAGUUCUCCUGAUGUGGACUGUGUUUCAUCAGAUUCUGUUGUAUGUCUAUCUAAAGCUACUGAAAUGUUUGUAAGUGAGCUUGUGUCCACUGCGAUUCGUGGUAAUCGAUCUGAAUUGACUUACAAGGAUCUUUCUCGUCUUCAAUGUCAGUUAGAUCGCUACAAUUUUCUGGCCGAUGUCCUACCGCAAAAAAUCACUGCUCGAGAGUGGAUAGAAAAAUACAAAUCCGAAUUUGAUGCAUCUUGUCCAUAA